GAGAAAAAAAAAAAAAAAAGAAAUCCGCCACCUUCCUGUUUGUUUUUUUUUUUUUUCCCUUUUUUUUUUUUUUUUUUUUUUUUCUUUUGGUCCCCUCCCCCCCCACCCCCCCUCCACCAUCCACAGCCCGCUCGCCCUGCAUGACUGUCACCGAGAUGUCAUGGCGCCCGCAGUACCGCAGCUCCAAGUUCCGCAACGUCUACGGGAAGGUGGCGAGCCGGGAGCACUGCUUUGACGGCAUCCCCAUCACCAAGAACGUGCACGACAACCACUUCUGCGCCGUCAACGCCCGCUUCCUCGCCAUCGUCACCGAGAGCGCCGGUGGUGGCUCCUUCCUCGUCAUCCCGCUCGAGCAGACAGGCCGGAUCGAGCCAAACUACCCCAAAGUGUGCGGCCACCAGGGCAAUGUGCUGGACAUCAAGUGGAACCCCUUCAUCGAGAACAUCAUCGCGUCCUGCUCCGAGGACACCUCGGUGCGGAUAUGGGAGAUCCCCGAGGGCGGCCUGAAGAGGAACAUGACAGAGGCUGUCCUGGAGCUGUACGGGCACAGCCGGCGCGUCGGCCUGGUGGAGUGGCACCCCACCACCAACAACAUCCUCUUCAGCGCAGGCUACGACUAUAAGGUCCUCAUCUGGAACCUGGACAUCGGGGAGCCCGUCAAGAUGAUCGACUGCCACACGGACGUCAUCCUCUGCAUGUCCUUCAACACGGACGGCAGCCUGCUGGCCACCACCUGCAAGGACAAGAAGCUGCGGGUGGUGGAGCCGCGCUCCGGCAGGGUGCUGCAGGAAGCCAGCUGCAAGAACCACCGAGUCAACCGCGUGGUGUUCCUGGGCAGCACGAAGCGGCUGCUCACCACCGGGGUCUCGCGCUGGAACACGCGGCAGAUCGCCCUGUGGGACCAGGAGGAUCUGGCCAUGCCCCUCAUCGAGGAGGAGAUCGACGGGCUCUCGGGGCUGCUCUUCCCCUUCUACGACGCGGACACCCACAUGCUGUACCUGGCUGGCAAGGGUGACGGCAACAUUCGGUACUACGAGAUCGGCUCGGAGAAGCCCUACCUGAGCUAUCUCAUGGAGUUUCGCUCCCCGGCCCCGCAGAAAGGACUGGGGGUGAUGCCAAAGCACGGGCUGGACGUGUCGGCCUGCGAGGUCUUCCGCUUCUACAAGCUCGUCACCCUCAAGGGGCUCAUCGAGCCCAUCUCCAUGAUCGUGCCAAGGAGGUCGGAGACGUACCAAGAGGACAUCUACCCCAUGACCCCGGGCACGGAGCCGGCCCUGACACCGGACGAGUGGCUGAGCGGGGUGAACAGAGAUCCCAUCCUGAUGUCGCUGAAGGAGGGCUACAAGAGGACAUCCAAAAUCGUCUUUAAGGCGCCGGUGAGGGAGAAGAAGGGCGUUGUGGUGAACGGCAUCGACCUGCUGGAGAACGUGCCGCCCCGCACCGAGAACGAGCUCCUUCGGAUGUUCUUCCGGCAGCAGGACGAGAUCCGGCGGCUGAAGGACGAGCUCUCGCAGAAAGACAUCCGCAUCCGCCAGCUACAGCUGGAACUGAAAAACUUACGCAACAGCCCGAAGAAUAAUUAACUUCCAGGGACGUUUUAUAAAUAAACUUUCUUCGUUUAUACUCGCUCUUUAAUUUUAUCGUCUCCACUUACACAGAAUAUGAGCCAGAAGCCGAGCGACCUGCCAAGAGCCCAGAUGCUAACUGGAAAAAACGUCCUCGUAGCCUCGUCUAGCGCUAAAAAACGGCCUCCACGCUCUGAGUGGCCACUGCAUGAAGGGAAGCUGGGCAGUGCUUGCACCCCAUCGCUUCUCGGAGUCGGUAGGCGAGCAGCGUCGGCUUCGUCGGGGCUGGGCUGAGCACGAGGGACCCUAGGAAAGCGCCCCCGGUGCCUCGCCGUUGAUUUUCUCCUAUGCAAGGUGUGACAGUGAUGCCCGUUGCUGUAGGGCUGGGAUGGGGUCUGUGGGGUGGUGUGGGGUGGGCAGGGUUGUGUCCAUAGCUCUCGGCUGCGCACCCGCCCGGCUGCACGCGGACCUCGCCUCUGGAGCCUGUAAAACUUUAAAAAAAAAGGAAAUAAAAAAAAAGGAGAAAGGAAAAAAAAAAGAUUUAAAAAAAUAAAGGAGAAAAGAAAAAAAAGAUAAAAGAAAAAAAAAGAUUAAAAAAAAAGAUAAUAAUAAUAAAAAAAAGAUACAAGAAAAAAAAAGAUAAAAAAAAAAAUUAAAAAAAAAGAAAAGUAAAAAAAAGGAGAGAAAAUAAUAAUAAAAAAAGAAAACAGAGGCUGGGUUUCCUAGACAGAGAGGGAUUUUUUGCUCCUUAGCCCUCUGCAAAGCGGGACUUCACCUCCUCCUUUCCCCCAAGACGGGACUCGUGCCAGUGCCCCGGGGAGGGGCUCGAUGGGCGCAGCACACGUGUACAGUCACCGUGGUUGUGAACCAGGCCUCUAGCACAGGGAAAGAACCAAAUUCUGCUCGUUUUUCUCUCUCUUUUCACUGAGUCCAGUGGCUGAGCUGCCCAGCACUGUGUGAUGGUUUCUCCUCCCUGUUCGUCCCCUUGUGCCCCGUACCCGACGCUUCCCCGUCUCUCCGUUACAUGUGCUGUCAUUGCCUAUUAUUUAUGCUACUACGGAAUAGUGACAAAAUAAAAGGUUUUCAAGAUACCAAA